AUGUCUUAAUUAAAAGUUGUCUUAUUAGGAAUUGUAGGGCAUGGAAAAACAUCUCUGUUUAAUAAAUUAACCUUAGCAAAUAAGCCUGCAAAGUAUGGAGGAAAAUCUCUCACAAAAUAAAUUGUAAUUGGCUAUGCUGCAUAUGGAUAAUUUGAAAUUGUUGAUACGCCUGGAUUUGAUGCAAAUGAAGAUAAGCUAUUACAUUCAGCUGGUGUAAUUGCAGCUUUAGCAUAUGGAGAUGUCAACAGAAUAUUAGUUGUUGUUCAAUGUUAACGAAUAGAUUAAAUGAUAAAAUUUUUUUUAAAAAUAUAGGACCUAUUUCGAGAUUCAGAGAUUUAAUCACAAUUAGUGUUUCAUAUUGGGAUUUAUAAGAGAAAGACAUAUAGGAAUAUUUUAAGAAUAUAGAAUAUUAACAAAAAUAAGAAUUAGAAAUAAAAUAGGAAAUUGAAUUAGAAAUUAAAAAGAAUUUUAAUAUUUGUUCAGUUAUUUAUACGUCAUUAAAUGAUGGCCCUUAAAUUACCACUAAAAAGAUUGCAGAUAUUAUUCUUUAAUCAGGAUUUACUAAAAUUUAAUUAUAUGAAUCUGAAAUAUAUAAGUAAAAUGGAUUCCUCAAAAAUUAUGAAAAUUAUAAAAUAAUAGAUUAAUAAAAAUCAUUCGGAUGUGGGGAAACAAUUACAUGGAAAGAAUUACCUCCUCUAAGCGAACCAUUGUUAUUAGAAUUACUAACACCUGAAUUAAUUGAUUAUUUUAAUGAUCAAAAAUAAUUAUUACAAGAUGAAGCUGCUGAUAUUGCAAAAGAAUUGGAAAAAACAUAUCAAGAUCUUGUGA